CCUCACAUCCGAAGCAGUACCUCAAAAACCGAAGCCAUCCAUUGUUCUCCUCUGAAUUGACGUAUACACCAUGUCUGUCCCUCAAACACACCGCGCAGCCUUCAUCCACGGCAAAGGCGAAGCAACCAAGAUCGGGGAACGCAGCCUCGGUAAGCUCAAGCCUGAUGAAAUCGCCAUCAAGGUCGCCGCCACAGCAAUCAACCCCGUGGACUGGAAGCUCCGCGACUACGGUCUCUUCAUCGUUCCCGGCUGGGACUAUCCCGCCAUUCUAGGAUCGGACGGUUCUGGCACAGUGGCUGCCGUUGGAGACGACGUGUCGAAUUUCAGCGUUGGCGAGCGCGUGUUCUUCCAGUCUGGAUACGGCAACCCAGACGUCUCCACGUUCCAGGAGUAUAUCAAGAUUCCCGCCGAGGUAGUCGCGAAGACGCCGAAGAACAUCUCCGACGAGGAGGCGGCUGGCAUUGUGCUGGCGACACAUGCUGCUGCAACUGCGUUUUACGACAAGACGGGCCAUGGAUUGAAGGCGCCGUGGAGCGAGGGUGGAAGCGAAGUCGGAAAGGGCAAGGCCGUCGUGAUUCUUGGAGGAAGUUCGUCGGUCGGCCAGUAUGCCAUUCAGCUUGCAAGGUUGUCUGGGUUCGAGCGCAUCAUCACGAAUGCGAGCGCGGCGCAUCAUGAGAAUUUGAAAGCGCUUGGAGCGCAUGUGGUUCUGGACCGCCAUGCUUCGACUGCACAGGAUUUCAAGAAAGCUCUGGAUGGGCUCCCGCUCGAACUUGUGUUUGAUACCAUUGCUAUCAAGGAAACGCAACUGCUAGGCGUCGAGACUUUGCAGGCUACGGGCACGAAGGACUCCAACGUCGUGAUCGUUGGAAUGACUGACGAGGAAGCGAAGAAGCUGGGCGAAUCAAAGGAGCCGAAGGUGGCGAUCAAGGGAAUUUUGGGGAUUGCGUUGGCACCCCAUCUAAGGUACCUGAUUACUGCGUUGACGGAUAGCCUUGGUGGAGAGAAGGGGUGGCUUGCCAGUGGUAAGUUCAAGCCGAACAAGGUUGAGAUUACCGCGGGCGGCCUCGAGAAGCUGCAGGAGGGAAUGGAGAAGAACAAGACUGGCGUGUCUGGUGUGAAGGUUGUUGUCAAGUACUAAAUUUGAACUGUGCCUUUCGGGCAGGACUGUUCUCAUAUUAGCAACAUACAGCGGCAGGUGGAAACAGUUAUCACUGCUCAAG